GAUGAUGAACAGCAGCAGAGAUGGGCUAUUGUACUGUAUUUGUACUGAUUGGGAACACAACGGGAAGAAACGUUUGAAAGCACAAGUCCAGGCCUAGGUUAGGCCUAAGCAUUUAAAAAUGAAUUCAGUGUUAUUACAACGGAUUCGUGCAGUUCCAUUUCAGACCUCACAAUGGAUGGUGAUUAGAACAAUGAAAUCUGUAAACACAAGAAAGCCAAUGCCAAUGCACAUAAUGCGAGCAAAGCUAAUGAAAGUUUCGAAAUGGAAACAAAAACCGGAGACUCGUCCCUUACCACUUCUAUGUAGUCGUAUACCAGCUAAGCAAACAGUUCAGGCAGAUGCAGUUCCAAAUCCAGCCCUGGAAUUUGCAGCCAGACAAUUUUACAAUAUUUUGAUCUCCUCAAGGAUGGUAGCAGUUUUCCAUCAUAAUGGUAUCGACAUGGAAACAAAAUCCAUGUUACAGAAAACCCUUAAAAAGUUCAACAUUCAACUGUUUAUCAUUGGCAAUGAAGCUGCGUUAUUGGGAACAUCUGGCACCAAGUUCACCAACAUGCAUCCUUUAUUUAUUGGUAAUAAUUUAUUUGCAGUGUCAGAGGAACUCAACGUGAAGGAGUUGUUGAAAUCAACCAGAAAACUGCCAAAUAUUCUACUUAUUGGAGGUUUAUUGGAAGACCAGCUUAUGUCAGCUGGAGACUUGGAGAACUUUGCCAGUCUUCCGUCAAUAGAAGCCUUACACUCUCAACUUGCUGGUUUACUUUCAUCGACUCAAUCAACAACUUGCAGAUAUUUACAAGCCAAUCAGCAGGCACUUUCAAUGAAUCUUUCCCAAUUACAAAAACAGCAAAAUGAAUGACUCCAAUAUUGAACGGUUAUUCAAUAAAAUUCUACUUUUAUUAAAAGAAUGAAAGCCAAUCAGUAAUAAAAAUGUGGAGAGAGCAAAAAAAAAA